AAAAUAGAUAUAUGUUAGUGAAUGUUUCAGUGUUCAGCUGUUUUUUCUCUUCCGUUUGUGUAGGCUUCAUCUUCAGAAGAUAUGGGCAGGUGGAUUGGGAUUCUGCUGGCUGAGAAUGGGUCUUCUGCAGAUCCCGGCACUUUGCACUAUGACUACAUAGAUGUGGAUGUGACAGCCAGUGUCAUUCAAGCUGCAAAGCAAACAUUCUGUUUUAUGAACAGACGAGUUCUUUCUACUAAUCCUUACAGAGGAAAUGCUGCUAAUGGCUAUGCGUGUCCCAGUGGGAUGGCACUUCAUUAUGACGAUGUUCCUUGCAUAAAUGGAUCAUGGGAACCAGAAGAUAGCUUUCCUACUUCUAGCAAAAACACAGGAGAAGAUGGGCUUUAUGAUAACAUGGGCCUGUAUGAUAAUUUGCCAUCCCCGAAAAUCUUUGCACGUUGUCCACCAGCAGAGCGAAAAGCCAAUAGGUUAUCUACUGACAAACUCUCAUCUAACCAUUAUAAACAACCUGUCUCAUCCAAUCUGUCUUCUGCUCAGUCUGUCACUAAUACUUCUGCUGUGGGGAAGGGAUCUGUUGCACAGUUUAACUUAGCUUGCUCCAACCUGACGAGACUAACACUACAACUUAGGUCUCCCAACUAUCUUUGA